AUGGACUUGGAUGUAGAUGUGGACUUGGGUGUAGAUAUGGACUUGGAUGUAGAUAUGGACUUGGGUGUAGAUAUGGACUUGGGUGUAGAUAUGGACUUGGGUGUAGAUAUGGACUUGGGUGUAGAUAUGGACUUGGAUGUAGAUAUGGACUUGGGUGUAGAUAUGGACUUGGGUGUAGAUAUGGACUUGGGUGUAGAUAUGGACUUGGGUGUAGAUAUGGACUUGGGUGUAGAUAUGGACUUGGAUGUAGAUAUGGACUUGGAUGUAGAUAUGGACUUGGGUGUAGAUAUGGACUUGGAUGUAGAUAUGGACUUGGGUGUAGAUAUGGACUUGGGUGUAGAUAUGGACUUGGGUGUAGAUAUGGACUUGGAUGUAGAUAUGGACUUGGGUGUAGAUAUGGACUUGGGUGUAGAUAUGGACUUGGGUGUAGAUAUGGACUUGGGUGUAGAUAUGGACUUGGAUGUAGAUAUGGACUUGGGUGUAGAUAUGGACUUGGGUGUAGAUAUGGACUUGGGUGUAGAUAUGGACUUGGGUGUAGAUAUGGACUUGGAUGUAGAUAUGGACUUGGGUGUAGAUAUGGACUUGGAUGUAGAUAUGGACUUGGAUGUAGAUAUGGACUUGGAUGUAGAUAUGGACUUGGGUGUAGAUAUGGACUUGGAUGUAGAUAUGGACUUGGGUGUAGAUAUGGACUUGGAUGUAGAUGUGGACUUGGGUGUAGAUAUGGACUUGGGUGUAGAUAUGGACUUGGAUGUAGAUAUGGACUUGGAUGUAGAUAUGGACUUGGGUGUAGAUAUGGACUUGGAUGUAGAUAUGGACUUGGAUGUAGAUAUGGACUUGGAUGUAGAUAUGGACUUGGGUGUAGAUAUGGACUUGGGUGUAGAUAUGGACUUGGGUGUAGAUAUGGACUUGGGUGUAGAUAUGGACUUGGGUGUAGAUAUGGACUUGGGUGUAGAUAUGGACUUGGGUGUAGAUAUAGAUAUUGGCUUACAGAUAGAUAUAGGCUUGGAGUUAGCCUAG